UUUUAUUUUCACAAUAAUCAUUGAAGCUAGCAGCGCUCUGCCUUUGUUUUCCAAGAGUAUUGUGUAUCCAGAUUGUCACACAGACCCUGUUUGUGUGCUGGUGUCUCCCAUCUGCCGGUGGAGAGAAGGGGGAGGGGAAGAGGAGUGACGGUUUGCACUCCUCUCUAUUUCACACGCAGGCACAGGGCUCCUGCUGUUGAAACCGGCAAGUGUUUUCUUGCGCUGCUCAGUCAAGACAGGUCACUCUGACGAUGGCGGAGCCCAGCACGCAGCCCCGGGUCUACUUCCAGUCCCCGAGUAAGGAAGAAGAGCCUCAGUCACAGAGGAAAUUGGGCAAGUUCACGGUCCGAUAUGACAGGAAAGAUCUACAGAGGAGACUGGACAUCGAGGAAUGGCUGGACUUUCAGCUCCAUCAGCUGUAUGGAUGUGAGGAGGAAGAAAUCCCAGAGCUGGAGAUUGACAUUGAUGAACUGCUAGAAAUCUCAGAUGAAGACCAGCGCUCGAAACUCCAGGAGAUGCUACACGAAUGCUGUAAACCGACAGAGGAUUUUAUCAAUGAGCUGCUCAUUAGAAUAAAGGGUCUUCGGAAAAUGACAGUCUCCCAGAAGAAGUGACACUGAGGUCAACUCCCAGCGGAACAGAGUCUCUAUGAUGGAAUUGACUGCGAGGUCAGGUGAACCCCGCUCUGAUCUGUUCAUGUAAAUGACACCCUUUUAUUGGUCAAAGAAGAAAGACCAGUCACCGGACUGAAAUCUCUGAAGCAUGCCAGGUUGGGGGUCGAAACCCACACAUUUGUAAAAAAAAACAGAAAACAAGCAAAAUAUGUUUGUGGCUAUUUAUGACUUUUUUUGUUAAAGUGUUAAUAAACAAUGAUGUUUAGGUGUAACUUGUGUUGGCUAGUUAA